AUGGAAUAUGACGUCUUCUUUCUCCGAAGAAUUCUUUCUCCCCUUUGCUGUCUUGAUGCAUACAAUGAACAUUGGCUUCAGAAGCUCCUUUUAUUAAAGACUUCUGAGAGAUUCACUCUCCGUGUCAUUCCAUCUCUCCCCGUUUCAUUUCAUCUCUGUUUCAUUGUAGCUCUCCAUUUCAUUCGAUCUAUUUCCUUUUCAAUUGAGCUCCCCGUUUCAUUCGGGCUCUCCAUUGCAUUCGAUCUCUCUCCAUUUCAUUUGAUAUAUCUCCAUUACUUACGUUCUCUCUCUCUCUCUCUCUCUCUCUCUGUGUGUGUGUGUGUUUCAUUCGAGCCCUCCAUUUCAUUCGUUCUCUCUCCAUUUCAUUCGCCCUUUCCCCGUUUUAUUCUAUCUCUUUCCUUUUCCUUCGAUCUCUCCAUUUCAUUCGAUCUCUCUCCGUUUCAUUUUAUCUCUCCAUUUCAUUCGAUCACUCUCUGUUUCUUUCCAGCCCUCCAUUUCAUUCGAUCUCUCUCCAUUUCAUUCAUUCUCUCUCAGUUUCAUUUGAACUCUUUCCGUUUCAUUCUAGUUGGCCAUUUCAUUCCAUCUCUCUCUGUUUCGUUCUAUAUCUCUAUUUUAUUCGAUCACUCUCCAUUUCUUUCAUUCUCUCUCUGUUUCAUUCGUGCUCUCCAUUUCAUUUCAUCUCUCGCCCUCUCUCCGUUUCAUUCGACUUCUCUCCAUUUCAUUCGAAUUCUCUCCGUUUCAUUCUCUCUCUCUCUCUCACUCACUCUCUCUCUCUCCGUUUCAUUCUCUCUCUUUGUUUCAUUCUCUCUCUCUCUCUCUCUCUCUCCGUUUCAUUUGAUCUCUCCAUUUCAUUCGAUCUCUCCGUUUCAUUCUCUCUCUCUCCAUUUCAUUCUCUCUCUCUUUCUUUCCUUCUCUUUCUCUCACUCUCUCUCUCACUCUCUCUCUCCGUUUCAUUCUCUCUCUCUCUCUCUCUCCGUUUCAUUCUCUCUAUCUUUGUUUCAUUCUCUCUCUCUCCGUUUCACUCUCUCUCUCUCUCCGUUUCAUUCUCUCUCUUUGUUUCAUUCUCUCUCUCCCUUUCAUUUGAUCUCUCCAUUUCAUUCGAUCUCUCCGUUUCAUUCUCUCUCUCUCCGUUUCAUUCUCUCUAUCUUUGUUUCAUUCUCUCUCUCUCUCACUCUCUCUCACUCUCCGUUUCAUUUGAUCUCUCCAUUUCAUUUGAUCUCUCCGUUUCAUUCUCUCUCUCUCCGUUUCAUUCUCUCUCUUUCUUUCUUUCCUUCUCUCUCUCUCACUCUCUCUCUCACUCUCUCUCUCUCUCCGUUUCAUUCUCUCUCUCUCUCUCUCUCCGUUUCAUUCUCUCUAUCUUUGUUUCAUUCUCUCUCUCUCUCCGUUUCACUCUCUCUCUCUCCGUUUCACUCUCUCUCUCUCUCUCCAUUUCAUUCUCUCUCUUUGUUUCAUUCUCUCUCUCUCUCUCCCUUUCAUUUGAUCUCUCCAUUUCAUUCGAUCUCUCCGUUUCAUUCUCUCUCUCUCUCCGUUUCAUUCUCUCUAUCUUUGUUUCAUUCUCUCUCUCUCUCUCUCUCUCUCUCGCCGUUUCAUUUGAUCUCUCCAUUUCAUUCGAUCUCUCCGUUUCAUUCUCUCUCUCUCCGUUUCAUUCUCUCUCUCUUUCUUUCCUUCUCUCUCUCUCACUCUCUCUCACUCUCUCUCUCCGUUUCAUUCUCUCUCUCUCUCCGUUUCAUUCUCUCUAUCUUUGUUUCAUUCUCUCUCUCUCCGUUUCACUCUCUCUCUCUCCGUUUCAUUCUCUCUCUUUGUUUCAUUCUCUCUCUCUCUCUCUCUCUCUCCCUUUCAUUUGAUCUCUCCAUUUCAUUUGUUCUCUCUCCAUUUCAUUCGCCCUUUCCCCGUUUUAUUCUAUCUCUUUCCUUUUCCUUCGAUCUCUCCAUUUCAUUCGAUCUCUCUCCGUCUCAUUUUAUCUCUCCAUUUCAUUCGAUCACUCUCUGUUUUUCCAGCCCUCCAUUUCAUUCGAUCUCUCUCCAUUUCAUUCAUUCUCUCUCAGUUUCAUUUGAACUAUUUCCGUUUCAUUCUAGUUGGCCAUUUCAUUCCAUCUCUCUCUGUUUCGUUCUAUAUCUCUAUUUUAUUCGAUCACUCUCCAUUUCUUUCAUUCUCUCUCUGUUUCAUUCGUGCUCUCCAUUUCAUUUCAUCUCUCGCCGUUGCAUUCGAUCUCUCUCUACCUCUGUUUCAUUCGAUAUUUCUCUGUUUCAUUGCAGCUCUCUCCGUUUCAUUCGACUUCUCUCCAUUUCAUUCGAAUUCUCUCCGUUUCAUUCUCUCUCUCUCUCACUCACUCUCUCUCUCUCUCCGUUUCAUUCUCUCUCUUUGUUUCAUUCUCUCUCUCUCUCUCCGUUUCAUUUGAUCUCUCCAUUUCAUUCGGAUCUCUCCGUUUCAUUCUCUCUCUCUCUCAUUUCAUUCUCUCUCUCUUUCUUUUCUCUCUCUCUCCUCUCUCUCUCCUCUCUCUCUCUCUCUCUCUCUCCGUUUCAUUCUCUCUCUCUAUCUCUCGUUUCAUUCUCUCUAUCUUUGUUUCAUUCUCUCUCUCUCCAUUUCCUCUCUCUCUCUCUCUCGUUUCAUUCUCUCUUUGUUUCAUUCUCUCUCUCUCUCUCUCCCUUUCAUUUGAUCUCUCCAUUUCAUUUCAAUCUCUCCGUUUCAUUCUCUCUCUCUCCGUUUCAUUCUCUCUAUCUUUGUUUCAUUCUCUCUCUCUCUCACUCUCUCUCUCUCUCCAUUUCAUUUGAUCUCUCCAUUUCAUUUGAUCUCUCCAUUUCAUUUGAUCUCUCCGUUUCAUUCUCUCUCUCUCCCGUUUCAUUCUCUCUCUCUUUCUUUCCUUCUCUCUCUCACUUUCUCUCUCACUCUCUUUCUCUCCGUUUCAUUCUCUCUCUCUCUCUCCGUUUCAUUCUCUCUAUCUUUGUUUCAUUCUCUCUCUCUCUCCGUUUCACUCUCUCUCUCUCUCCGUUUCAUUCUCUCUCUUUGUUUCAUUCUCUCUCUCUCUCUCUCUCUCUCCCUUUCAUUUGA